AAAAAAAAGAAAAAAAAAAAAAAGCGAGCUGCACUUUUAUUCCAGUCUGAGGUGGACCGAGCGGUGGUGUGGACAAAAGUCAUUGGAGGAACUUCACUCCGCAGCGAACGCUGACGUUUAAGAAAAGAACAUCAUAAUCAUCGACACGAUGACAGUGGACUUCGGAUGGCCAUUUCGUCUUUUUUUGCUGCCCUGUGUGAUCAUUUGCAGCGGCGUGCUAUGUGCACACUCGCUCUACAAGAACCGCUACGCUGGCGAUCAAGUCUUCAGGAUAAGCCCGAGUAACGACGAGGACGUGUGCACGCUCAGGAACAUUCUAGACAGCAUGAAGGUGGACCUGUGGCAGCCUAACAGCAUUUCUCUGAUCAGCCGGAACGCCACGGUGGAUGUGCACAUCAAACGCAGAGACACGAGACGGCUACAUGCCACCUUAAAGCGGGAACGCAUACAAUAUCGAGUUUUCAUCACUAAUCUGCAGCAGGAAAUUGAAAAGCAGACGGGACGUCGCUCGUCUCGCAAGCGCAGGUCAGACAGUCCGUACGACUAUGAGGUCUACCACUCCCUGGAGGAGGUCCAGAGGUGGAUGUUCGAGAUGAACGCAACUCACUCCGACCGGCUCGACAUGUUCUCCAUCGGGAAGUCGUACGAAGGACGACCCCUUUACGUCCUUCAGCUAGGAAAGAAAAGUCGCCCGCAGAAAAAAGCCGUCUGGAUCGACUGCGGGGUCCACGCCAGGGAGUGGAUAGGGCCAGCCUUCUGUCAGUGGUUCGUCAAAGAGGCGCUUAAUUCGUACCGGUACGACUCGGCGACCAGACGACUGCUCAACCAGCUCAAUUUCUACAUCAUGCCCGUCUUCAACGUGGACGGAUACCACUUCAGCUGGACUACAGAUCGCUUCUGGAGGAAGACGCGAUCCAAAAAUCGCAAGUUCCGCUGUAGAGGAGUGGACGCCAACAGGAACUGGAAAGUCAAAUGGUGUGAAGAGGGGGCUUCCUCUUACCCUUGCGACGACACCUACUGCGGACCCCACCCCGAGUCAGAGCCAGAGGUAAAGGCUGUCGCCAAGUUCCUGCGCAAGCACAAGAAGCGCGUCAAGGCCUACAUCUCUGUGCAUGCGUACGCCCAGAUGCUCCUCUACCCGUAUUCGUACAAGUAUGCUGCCAUCCCCAACUUUAACUGCGUGGAGUCAGCAGCUCAGAAUGCAGUGACGGCACUGUACUCUGCCUAUGGAGUCAAGUACAGAUACGGACCUGCUUCUACAACCCUAUACGUUAGCUCGGGCAGUUCCAUAGACUGGGCCUACAGGAACGGGAUUCCAUAUGCCUUCGCCUUCGAGCUGCGGGAUACGGGCUACUUUGGCUUCCUGUUGCCAGAAACCCUCAUCAACCCCACGUGCACCGAGACCACGCGGGCGGUGAAAGCCAUUGCAUCGGGCCUGCUCAAGAAGUGUUACACGGAUGCCGAAGCCUUCUCGUACAUAUAAAUGCACUCACCGUGUUGUUUUUAGGCCAUGACAAUACACACCGUCAGGACAAUAAGCUGCCAUUCAAGCACUUGUCGUCAUCCAGCAGCACUGUUUGAUUAAAAAACAAAACAAAAAUUAUAUAUAUAUAUAUAUAUAU